AUGUCCACGGGUUCCUCCAGCGACCCCGAUGAGAUGGAGCCCCUGGGGGUGCAGCCUUCUCGGGGCUGCUCACUCCCAAAGGUCCCCCACUGCCUGUCCCCCAGCGACAACUCGUCGGGGGAUGAGGACGACCCGGAUGGAGAUGAAGAGAGGCGGCGGUGCGCCCUGGGCGCGGUUCCCGGGGAUGGAAGCUCUGGGCUCUGCGGGAGGAAGCGGUCGCGCGUGGCGGGCAAGGCCCCCCAGAACCCCAAGGGCUCCCCGUCAGAGUGCAAACAAUCGCAACGCAAUGCAGCCAAUGCCCGAGAGAGAGCCCGCAUGCGUGUGCUCAGCAAAGCCUUCUCCAGGCUCAAGACCAGCCUGCCCUGGGUGCCCCCCGACACCAAGCUCUCCAAGCUGGACACGCUCCGGCUGGCCUCCAGCUACAUCGCACAUCUGCGCCAGCUGCUGCAAGAGGACCGUUAUGAGGGCGGCUAUGUGCAUCCCAUGAACCUGACUUGGCCCUUCGUGGUCUCAGGAAGACCCGACUCUGACAGCAAAGAGGUUUCUGCGGGCAACAGACUUUGCGGCACCACGGCUUAG